UGGAUCUUUGGAGCUCAUUCUCCAGUCAUAGGAUUUUCACCUUCUUCGAGCGUGGAAUUUGUUCCUGUUUUUCCACCUGUGUACGCAUCUACGGUUCCGCCUCAUGCUGGGAAAAACUGGAUUGAUAAAAGGCUACCGAACUGCAAAAUAUACUUGAAUAAUGCGUUUGCUCUGGAUUCAGCAUGGAUGCAUCCUGAGGAGUCAAGACUCUUCCAGGGAAAUGAGAAACCUCUGUUAAUGACCAAUCAAGUAGCUAUGGCUAUAGCCAGGCCAGCUGCCGCCUCCAGGCCUCUUCCCACAGUGGUGUUGGCCCCUCAGCUGAUACCAGGUGGUUGCCAGAAUAGCCUUAAACCGGUCGGCGGCAAUCAGACCCUGGCGCUGGCCGCCGCGGCCACCACUGCGAUGGUGUCAGUGGAGCCUGAAGCCCCCCAGGGACCUUCGGCGCCAAGCGUCCAGCCUUGCCACGUGCUGACCUUCUCCCCUAUCAAAAUCCCAGUCUUGGCUUCGCCUUUUCCAGGUUCUGCCUCCAGAAUGGAUGCUCAUGGGGGCCCUUUGAUGCCAACGCAAGUCACCCGGGUAACUGCUGUGUCUGCACCGGCGGUGACGUUCAUGGCAACCAAUUUGGUGGAUCAGACGUUAACAGAUAAUGGCAAAGAAUCGAGUAGAUCCUCCUGCCCACCGACCUUGAUUUUACAUACGGAGAGGAAGAGUACCCCUGUGGAGAGCGAUGGCGAUAAGGAUCCUUCUUUUAAACUAGUGAAUGAGGAUGACAGCACAUCAAACGGCAACAAGCCCGUGGCAUCCACUCCAGUGCCAGGAUCACCAUGGUGUGUAGUCUGGACCGGAGAUGACCGGGUCUUCUUCUUCAACCCUACAAUGCAGCUGUCAGUGUGGGAGAAGCCGGUGGACCUGAAGCACCGCGGCGACAUAAACCGGAUCAUCGAGGAUCCUCCUCACAAGCGCAAGCUGGAAGCUGCAGCAACAGAUAAAUGUGUUAGUUCUUGUCCAGGGGAUGAAAAUGAUGAUCUUAGCAUCAAAACUAAGAGAAAUAAAACAGAAGAUUCCCAAGCGGCUGACCAGGGGAAGGCUGAAACAGAGGAGAAAAAUGAGGAAACAUCAGCACCGCAGAUCACGCCUCCCCUCGAAGAGCGCAUCACUCAUUUCCGAGACAUGCUUCUGGAGAGGGGGGUUUCAGCAUUUUCUACAUGGGAAAAAGAGUUACACAAAAUAGUAUUUGAUCCACGCUACCUUCUGCUAAAUUCAGAAGAACGUAAACAGAUAUUUGAACAGUUUGUCAAGACCAGGAUCAGAGAAGAGUACAAAGAAAAGAAAAAUAAAUUGUUGUUAGCCAAAGAAGAAUUUAAAAAGCUCCUUGAAGAAUCCAAGUUAUCGCCAAGAACCACGUUUAAAGAAUUUGCAGAGAAAUAUGGAAGGGACCAGCGGUUUCGCCUUGUUCAAAAGAAGAAGGACCAAGAGCAUUUUUUCAAUCAGUUCAUACUUAUUCUUAAAAAGCGGGACAAAGAAAACAGGAUAAGGCUACGGAAAAUGAGAUAA